AUGUUGAUGAUACAUAUUCCUACGGAAAUCAAGUACAGGCAGCUGCACACAAAGGUUCAAAGUGCAAUGAUUUGUGAAUUUAAAAUGGGAACUGAGUAUUUAAGAUCACCUGAGAUAGGUGUUACCAGUAUAUGGAUCAAAAGUGACACGCUAGUGGAGUUUGAACCAAUCGAGGGGAUUUGUUCAAUUCACAAUUCGACUGGGGAAUGCCAAAAUGCGACAACAUCAAAUAUGAGAUGUAUUUGGUGUGAAAGAGCUAAUAUGUGCAUUAAUAGCAAUGAUAAGGAUACUCAUGAAUUGAAAGUGGACGAUUGCCUUAUUAAAAACACGUCCGUAAACACACACGUACGUUUCACUUUCAAAAGACAUAGUUUGCCUCCAUAUUAUUCGAGGUCACAUUCUAUUUUAAAUGAAGAAAUAUCUCGUUAUGUAACGUAA